UUACUGGUGCCAUGACAUCAUCUCUACCCUGGAAAUUCCAUUUGCUUUUCUGUACCUCCACCUCCGUUCCAGGCCUCAGAGUCCCUAUAAAAAGGGGUUUGCAACUCAGAUCAGCACAGGACACAGCCAGGUUCUGACGCUUCUGAGCUCUUGCAGUCUCAGCCCUAGGCAAACCUCUCCUCCACCAACACCAUGAAGCUCUGUGGGAUUGCCCUCCCUCUCCUUGUGCUUGUGGCUGCCUUCUGCUCUCCAGCACUCUCUGCACCAAUGGGCUCAGACCCUCCCACUGCCUGCUGCUUCUCUUACACCCUGCGGAAGCUUCCACGCAACUUUGUGAUGGAUUACUUUGAGACCAGCAGCCUCUGCUCCCAGCCUGCCGUGGUCUUCCAAACCAAGAAGGGCAGGCAAGUCUGUGCCAACCCCAGUGAGUCCUGGGUCCAGGAGUACAUGGAUGACCUGGAACUGAACUGAGCUGCUCCAGUCUCAGGGGCAGGAUGUCUUCAGGGAAGAUCCCCUGAGCCCCAGCACCUCUCAGCAAGACGCACCUUAUUCUCCAUGCUCCUGACUCCUCUCAGGAACCCCUGUCCCUUCUCUUAAUUUAAUCUGUAUUGGAUGCUUUGUUAUUGUAUGUGGAGUUAUUUCUAUUAUUUAAGGACACAUGUCCCCCAUGGGGACGGUCCACCGUCACUUCUCUGCUAUUGUGGAUACAUGGAUGAUACAGUUGAUUCCAUGAAUUUUCAUAAUAAAACUUUUUUUAA